UAAAGAGCUUGGUGGCUUGGCAGUCUCUUCAACAAUAGCCUGCAUGACUAGGCAUUUAUAAUGCAUAUAUAAAGCUGCUAUAUAUAUGUAUACAUGAAGCAUGAUUUGAAGUAAAUUAAUCGAAAGCCGGACACGGCAGACAUACCCCCGGGCAAUGGGUAUUUAUUAUAAAACAAGUUAUCGUGGCAUGAUCAAUCACAUUUAACUCAGCUCUACAUUCAGUAAAAUACACAGCGUAGCUGUCUCGGUGCGAUCUACGUUGUCUUGGUGUUCAUUUUUACAAGAGAUAAUUUUCAAAAGUCGCUGACGAAUUGGAAACUGGAGUGAAAGGUUUCAAAGAAGUGCAAUGAACCACGAGAUGUGAUUGGUCGAGAGAAGACACCAGCUGAUCUGAACAUCAGGUCAAAGUUUUCAUAAAAAAAACCGUGACGACGCGAAAAUCAUACCGGAUAUGUACACUCUUUACUUUGUUGUGAUUUCUCUCUGUUUUGCUUCGAGUUUACAAAAAAAUUGGCACCCGGAAGAUUGUCCCGCGCAAUGCAGUUGUGCCAUGGAAUGGAUGUACAAGAAGGUUUAUUGUGAUUUAGUUAGCAGACGACGGCUUACAGUAAUGCCGAGAAAGUUUCCUGCUGAUGCCGAAUCCAUUUCGUUACAAGGCAACAGAAUCGCAACUAUUCCCGCGGAGGCUUUUGCGAAUUUAACCAAUCUACGUCAUUUGAAUUUGGGAUCAAAUGACUUGCAAACGUUGCAAAGUAACGUUUUUAACAACUUGACGGCGCUGGAGUCUCUAAACUUAUCGAAUAACAGAUUGAAAACGUUGCCUUCGGGGCUGCUACGGGGAUUGAAUUCAUUAAAACAUCUAUAUCUGGAUGGAAAUGUGUUGGAAAACUUGCCUAAAGAUUUUUUCAAAGGUCUCGUCGCACUACAAAGGUUGCUUUUGGACAGAAAUAAAUUCUACACGUUUCUUUCUGGCGAACAGCAGACUCCAACGAAUCUAUCGCCAUUAACGAUAAGCAAUCAUUCGUCUUUAGUGGAGCUAUUGCUACACUACAACGGGAUAGAGCAAGUGGCACAUGACUCAUUUAACAAAAUGUCGCAAUUAAAGAGGUUAACAUUGAAUAAUAACAAUAUCUCCAAGUUGCCAAGGGGAAUAUUUCGCGAUAUGAAAUCCUUGCGUAUGUUGUCGUUGUACAAGAAUCCUUUUCAAUGCACGUGUUCGCUUAAGUGGUUGAAACACUGGAUCAAGCACAAUAGAAAAUCUGUUACGGUCUUUUACCCACAGUUAAUACAAUGCAAGGAGCCCGCGCGUUUGCGUGGAAGGGAAUUAUUGAAUGUGAAAGAUGAUGAAUUUGGUUGUGAUAAGGAAUGGAAUUUAUGGUCUAAAUGGAGUAAUUGUUCAAAAAAGUGUGAUGGUGGAAUACAAACAAGGACACGGCAGUGUAAGACAAGGACAUGUGAGGGUAGAAAUUUGGAUGCAAGGUGGUGUAACAGACAUCGAUGUUCGUUAUAUACACAAUGGUCAUCUUGGUCUACCUGUAAUGCAGAGUGUGGGGUAGGUUUGAAAAUACGUAAAAGACAAUGUUUAUCUGCUCACAAGGGUAUUUCCUGUGUGGGACAUCUCAAUGAAACACAAGUGUGUAAAAUAAAAGAAUGUUCUCAGUGGUCAGAAUGGGGAUCAUGGUCAACUUGUAGUAAGACUUGCUCUCAAGGUGUGAAAAUAAGGAAGCGCACUUGUGAAAGUGAAAUACUCAAUGGUUCAAUACAAUCCUAUUGUCCUGGAAACAACACUUCCUGGGCCAUAUGUAAAACGAAACCUUGCCCUGUAGAUGGCCAAUGGUCUCCAUGGCAACAAUGGAGUAGUUGCAGUAAGUCUUGUGGUUUUGGCUACAAGACCAGACACAGAAGCUGUUCAAAUCCACAUCCAAAGUUUGGUGGAUCGUUAUGUGAAGGCCAGCCACUUGAGAUAAAAUGGUGUAUGCCCAGGUUAUGCAACAAUACAUCUGAGUUUACACCAUGGUCAGAGUGGAGUCAAUGCUCUGCACAAUGUGGAAUUGGAUUUAAGUACCGAAAUAGGUCCUGCAGACAAAAGGAUUCCGACAAAGGACCAGAGAUAUGUUUGGGAAGCAAAAAAGAGUACAAAGAAUGCAUGGGAACUAACUGUACCACAACAUGGGGAGUGUGGUCAACAUGGAGUAAAUGCCUUGGAAAUUGUCUUAAUGGACAAGCAUUUCGCAUGCGUUAUUGUGUAGACACUGGUGGUAAAACUGGUGUGGCUUGUGAAAAAAAUAAAACUUUUGAUAUUGAAACGAAAAGUUGUAAACCAUCCAGCUGCGAUGUAGAAGCAGUAUGGACAUCAUGGACUAAAUGGUCAGCAUGUUCACGUAGUUGUGCCAGAGGCACCAAACGUCGUCAACGUUAUUGCAUCACAGCAAAUAUUCUUGGCAAGCCUUGCCGUGGUAACCAUGAAAGUAAGAUGCCUUGCAAUUUGCAGCCUUGUCCAAUCAAUGGAGGUUGGAGCGCUUGGAGUGAAUGGGGAAAAUGUAAUAAAACAUGCGGUGGAGGAAUCAAGGAAAGAUUUCGUUCAUGUUCAGAGCCAAAACCUGCAUUUGGUGGACAAAUAUGUGAAGGUGCCAUUAGGGAAAUAACAAUAUGCAAUACACACCAAUGCAAAAGUCUUAUUUUGAAUGAUGGUAAACCAAAACAAUCAUUUACUUUGCUUAUACCUAAAAAAUGUCCCACACUUCCUUCUCCAAAGAAUGGUAGAAUAAGGAUAAAAGAACAAAAGGAUUCUGAAAGUUUCGUAGAGUAUAAAUGUGACAAGUACUUUCGUAAUCAAGAAUUAAGUUUAAUUCGUUAUUGUAAAGAAGAUGGAAGCUGGACAGGUUUCCCGGCCAAGUGUGUGCCAGAAUGUGGGAUUAGAAAAGAAAGUGCUGAAAACAAGCAACAAAGACAGAAUUUGACAGAGAAAAGUAUCAGAACAAUGAGAGAGUUUUGGCCUUGGCAAGUAGCCAUUAAAGUUCCAAUCUCCACUAGUGUAUACUGUGGAGGCACACUUAUUAAAGACCAAUGGGUGCUUACUGCAGCUCAUUGUGUUUACAUAGACAAUCCAAAAAAGUUUGAAGAAAUCACAGUGAUUCUAGGUACCAAUAAUUAUUCGGAUGACAAGUCCAAAUAUCGUCAGGUUGUACCUGUUAAGCUGACAUGUACACAUGAGGACUUCAAGUGGGGUGAAUUGAGCUCUGACAUAGCCAUUUUAAAGUUGCAAAGAAAAGUAAAUAUCACAAAGUACGUCCGUCCGGCUUGUCUUCCCAGAGAAAAUUCAAGACAAAAAUUAGUAGCCGGUAAAGAAGGCUACAUGGUUGGUUGGGGUGGACAGGAUCCAAACUUGCUACGGCAAUUAAGACUACCAGUUGUGCACCAUCGUGAGUGCAAAGAGUCGUACAAAGUCAACGGUUAUAUCAUAACUAGGAAAAUGUUAUGUGCAGGAUAUAAAGACCGUGAAAAUAAAAACUAUGGUUUACGAAAGAAAGAUAGUGGAAGUGGGUUUUUCUUCCUUAAAAGGAAGAAAGGAAGGAAAAGUCGUUGGAUAUUACGUGGAAUUGCAAGUUGGCGUCAUCCAAAUCCCACACAGAAACACCUCCCUGAAAAAUAUAGUGUGUUUACAGAUGUUAAAAAACAUAUAUGGUGGAUACAAGACAAGAUCGAAGACCUUUCAUGACUGCUAUUCGCGUUACAAAUAUAUUAAUUUUAACUUAUCUUUAUUUUAACGUGUUUCGAAGCGAUUGGUUGUACAAUUGCCCCAAAGUUAAUAAACGAAGUUUGAUAUUUAUUAUUUUAUCAUUACCCUCUUGCGACUCCAGUUUAUGCUAUAGUUCAGUUGACCAAACAUUUAAACGUAUAAUAUUGAUAUGUAAAUAACUUAAAAAGAUAUAUUGAGAGCCAACCAGUUUUAUUUAACACUCCCAAACACAAACAAGUCUACGGUUCAAAAUAAAAAUAAACACCCCGUA